AUCGAUUUACAAAUCAGCUGUGAAUUUGGCGUGUGGAAAAUAGUUUGCCCUAGAAUAAAUCGGAAGUUUUAAACGAAAAUUUCGUCAACAUGAAGGUCAUCUACAACACCCUGUUCAAGCGCACCUCAACCUACGCCGUGGCCAUCAUCGCUUCGGCCUUUUUCUUCGAGCGCGCCAUUGAUGUCACGUCGGUGGCGAUCUUUGAGAGCGUCAACAAAGGCAAACUCUGGAAGGACAUCAAGGGCAAAUACGAAUAAAUAACCAUGCUUCGUUGUAAUUAGCAAUAAUAAUCAACGUUUAUUCUAAACGAAACAAAAACUAAA